AUGAUCAAACGGAUCACCCGGCUUGAUUGCAAGGCAUGCAAUCUCUGUCACAUACCAGCUAGCAUAGCAACCACACAGAUCCAGAGAGAUCAAACGUUUUGUAUUAAGCUUCACAGAUCGCCGUCAUAUUCUAUUUAAUGUUAGUCGUUACAGCUCUAUUAUCCAUACAAAGAUAGAUCUACCACAGCGGAGUGACCAGGAUGGAGUGGCAGCCAGAUGAACAGGGUCUGCAGCAAGUGCUUCAGCUACUCAAGGACUCCCAGUCCCCAGACACAGCAACACAGAGAGCUGUGCAAGAAAAACUCGAGCAACUCAACCAGUUUCCAGACUUCAACAACUAUCUCAUCUUUGUCCUUACAAGCCUCAAAUCUGAGGAUGAGCCCACUCGCUCUCUGAGCGGUCUGAUACUGAAGAACAAUGUUAAGGCUCACUACCAGAACUUCCCUCCUAAUGUGGCUGAGUUCAUCAAACGAGAAUGCCUCAACAAUAUCGGAGACCCUUCACCGCUCAUCAGAGCUACCAUCGGUAUCCUGAUCACGACCAUAGCCUCUAAAGGAGAGCUGCAGACAUGGCCGGAGCUGUUGCCUCAGCUCUGUAAUCUGCUCAACUCGGACGACUAUAACACCUGCGAGGGUUCUUUUGGCGCAUUGCAAAAGAUCUGCGAGGAUUCCUCAGAGUUGUUGGAUAGCGAUGCUCUGAAUAGACCCCUCAACAUCAUGAUCCCCAAAUUCCUACAGUUUUUCAAACAUUGCAGCCCCAAGAUCAGGUCCCAUGCUAUAGCCUGUGUGAACCAGUUCAUCAUUGGUCGAGCUGAGGCUCUGAUGGACAACAUUGACACCUUCAUUGAGAGUCUGUUUGCGCUGGCCGGUGACGAGGACAGUGAAGUGCGGAAGAACGUGUGCAGGGCUCUGGUCAUGCUGCUCGAAGUCCGCAUCGACCGCCUCAUCCCACACAUGCACAGCAUCAUCCAGUACAUGCUGCAGAGGACCCAGGACCCCGAUGAGAACGUGGCUCUGGAGGCCUGUGAGUUCUGGCUGACCCUGGCUGAGCAGCCCAUCUGUAAAGAGGCCCUGUCCGGCCACUUGGUCCAAUUGACCCCUAUCUUGGUGAAUGGGAUGAAAUACUCUGAGAUUGACAUCAUCCUUCUAAAGGGUGAUGUUGAAGAAGACGAGGCAGUGCCCGACAGCGAGCAAGACAUCAAGCCUCGUUUCCACAAGUCCCGCACUGUCACGCUGCAGCACGAAGGGGGGGAGGGCGAGGACGGGGAGGACAUCGAUGAGGAUGAUGACGAUGACGAUGAUACGCUGUCUGACUGGAACCUACGGAAGUGUUCCGCUGCAGCUCUGGAUGUUCUUGCCAACGUGUUCCGUGAGGAGUUGCUCCCACAUCUCCUGCCGCUGCUCAAAGGACUGCUGUUCCACCCGGACUGGGUCAUCAAGGAGUCUGGCAUCCUCGUGCUGGGAGCUAUCGCUGAGGGCUGUAUGCAAGGCAUGGUCCCGUACCUGCCUGAGCUCAUCCCCCACCUCAUCCAGUGUCUGUGCGACAAGAAGGCCCUGGUCCGCUCCAUCGCCUGCUGGACCCUGAGCCGCUACGCCCACUGGGUGGUCAGCCAGCCCCCCGACUCUCACCUCAAACCCCUCAUGACCGAGCUGCUCAAACGCAUCCUGGAUGGCAACAAGAGGGUACAGGAAGCAGCAUGCAGUGCGUUUGCCACCCUGGAGGAGGAGGCGUGCACAGAGCUGGUUCCUUACCUGAGCUUCAUCCUGGACACGCUGGUUUUUGCUUUUGGGAAGUACCAGCACAAGAACCUGCUCAUCCUCUAUGACGCCAUAGGGACAUUGGCAGACUCUGUGGGACACCAUCUCAACCAAGAAGAGUACAUACAGAAGCUGAUGCCUCCGCUUAUAGCCAAGUGGAACGAGCUGAAGGAUGAAGAUAAAGAUCUCUUCCCUCUGCUCGAGUGUCUGUCGUCCGUUGCCACGGCGCUGCAGAGCGGCUUCCUCCCAUACUGCGAGCCUGUCUACCAGCGCUGCGUCACCCUGGUCCAGAAGACACUGGCUCAGGCCAUGAUGUACAGUCAGUACAGAAACCACCUUCAUCAUAGUAAUGAGAACAAUCUGAAUAUCAGCUUCCAUCAAAGUGAAAUGGCUGUGCAAAUCAUACUGAGGGAGGAUAGCACUGCGUUUGAGUUUUGA